AUGCCUCGAAAACUGCCCAAUAUCAUCAUCACAGGGACACCCGGCUGCGGCAAAACGUCACACGCAGAGGCGCUGUGUGAGCAGGUGAAGGGCCUGAAACAUAUCAAUGUCAGCGAGUACGCCAAGACGAAUGGCUGUAUCGACGGCUACGACAAGGAGAGAGACUCCGCUAUUGUUGACGAGGACAAGCUGCUGGACUCGCUGGAGCCCGAGGCUGCCAAGGGCGGACUGGUGAUUGACUGGCACUGCUGUGAGAUUUUUCCAGAGCGCUGGAUCGACCUCGUUGUGGUACUGCGGUGCAACAAUACCCUGUUGUACGACAGACUGGCCAAGAGAGGGUACAAGGAGGACAAAAUCCGCGAAAACAUCGAGGUGGAAAUCAUGGAGGUGCUUCUCACAGAGGCCAGAGACAACUACGAUGAGCAGAUCGUGGUAGAGCUGCACAGCGAGAACGUCGACUCGCUGGACGAGAACGUGACGAGACUGGCACAGUGGGUUUCGAACUGGGUCGAUGACCAUCCGGAGGGCGUCGACACGGAGCUGUGA